AUGGUCACACUGACUGUGCAGGACCAUGAUUUUAGAAAUGGACUUCAAGUUGAAGCUCUUCUGAGAUUGGUAAAUGGUGAUAACUCUUGUUCUGGACGAGUGGAGGUUUUUUAUGAUGGUGAAUGGGGAACAGUGUGUGAUGAUGAAUGGGAUUUAAUAGAUGCUGCAGUGGUGUGUAAAGAAAUGGGAUGUGGAAAUGCUACAGAGGCAAAGUCAGAUGCAUAUUUUGGUGAAGGUUCAGGAGAAAUAUGGCUGAAUGAUUUAAAAUGUGAUGGAACUGAGAUUUCAGUUUCAGACUGUGAUACACAGCCCUGGGGAGCAAACAAAUGUAAACAUAAACAAGAUGCUGGAGUCAUUUGUCAAGCCUCUGUUAGGUUGGUGAAUGGUUUUAACCAAUGUUCUGGGCGAGUGGAGGUUUUCUAUAAUGGAACCUGGGGAACAGUGUGUGGUGAUUACUGGGACUCUACUGAUGCUGCAGUGGUGUGUAAAGAGUUGGGGUGUGGAGAUGCUAUAGAGGCAAAGAAUUUAGCAUAUUUUGGACAAGGUUCAGGAAAAAUAUGGAUGGAUGACGUAAGUUGUGUUGGUACAGAGUCAUUACUGAAAAACUGUAAAAGUGCGGGGUGGGGAGUAACCAACUGUGGACAUAGUGGAGACGCAGGAGUCAUUUGUCAAGCAUUAAUUAGGUUGGUGAAUGGCAGUAACCCUUGUUCAGGACGAGUGGAGGUUCUUCAUGAUGGUGAAUGGGGAACAGUGUGUGAUAACGGCUGGGAUCUAUCAGACGCUGCAGUGGUGUGUAGAGAAGUUGGCUGUGCAGAUGCUCAAGAGGUGAAAAGUGCUGCCUAUUUUGGAGCAGCUCCUGUCAGGUUGGUGAAUGGCAGUAACUCAUGUUCUGGACGAGUGGAGGUUCUUCAUAGUGGGACAUGGGGAACAGUGUGUGCAGAUUCCUGGGACUCUGCUGAUGCUGCAGUGGUUUGUAAAGAGGUUGGCUGUCCGACCAGUACUGACGCAAAAGCUUUUAUCUUCUUUGGACCUGGUGUAGGAACAAUAUGGAUGGAUGAUGUUCAAUGUGCAGGGGUUGAAUCCUCACUAAAGGGGUGUGGAAUUCUUGCAUGGGGAUCACACAACUGUGACCAUUCAUAUGAUGUUGGAGUCAUCUGUCAAGGUAGGUCUCCUUUAGAUGUUAAACUGGUAGAUGGAUUUAAUCAGUGUUCUGGAAGAGUGGAGGUUUUAUAUAAUAAUCAAUGGGGAACCAUCUGUGAUGUUGGCUGGGAUUUAACAGAUGCUGCAGUGGUGUGUAAUAGCAUGGGUUGUGGGUCUCCUAUAGCAGCAGAGACUGGGGCAUUUUUUGGUGAGGGUUCAGGACCUGUGUGGCUGGAUGAUGUGAGUUGUUCUGGGAAUGAGUCAACAGUAACACAAUGUCCAUCAAAGGAACUAGGAACAAGCAGCUGUACCCAUGGACAAGAUGCUGGAGUCGCCUGUAACCGUGAGCUUAAAUUCCUUCACCCAAAAAUAUAA